AUGUUCAAUGGCCCCCGCCCCUCGCAGCUCUGUUUACUCUCAUCGCUGCCGAGUAAGCAAGUCGGCAGUAAAGUGAGGUUCCUGGGAUGUGUUCGCUCAUACUCGCCAGCUUCCGGGGUCUUGACCUUGGAGCACCGCCUACCAGAGGAAACCUGCUCCGUUCUCGCCAUGGUUGAUGUCAAUCUCGUCCUCGAAAGUUUGGGGCCGGAUCAGACACGCAUUGGGGAGUGGGUGAAUGUCAUCGGAUACAUCACGGACAUUCCUCCCUUAGCCGACGGCAAGGAGCCAAACCAGCAACGCUCGACGGUUCAUGCUCAAGCAAUAGUUCUCUGGUCUGCCGGGCCUGUCGAUGUGCGACGGUACGAGACGUCCAUCAAGGCUUUUCAGCCUGAACGGGCCACCGGCAGCGGCAGCAGCACCUCUUGA